CCGGUGGCACCUCACCCUUGCGUGGCGAGCUGUGACAGCAUGGUGCUUGUGGCACUGAGAUUUCCUCUGUCCUCGCUGCUUUCAGGAUCUUUGCCACUAAUCCUCUGCUCUCUUGGAUCCAAUAUGAGAAGCUGGUUGAGGCUGAAAGGAAGUCUAACUCUACAUUUCAGCAGGUGCUUUGAACCAGCAGAUCUAAGGAACGCGACUGGCCCACGUCCUGCCCUUUAGUGACCCGACAGCUUCCAAGUAAUGUGGACAAGUGGGACAGUGCAAGGGACCCCUACAGAACUUCGCUAGAAGAUGGAAGACGGGAAGUCGGUGUGGGCGCCCCACCCAACAGAAGGGUUCCAGCUGGGCACAAUAGUGGACAUUGGAGCUGACAGCUUGACCAUUGAGCCUCUGAAAGAGAAGGGGAAGACCUUUUUGGCUUCCAUCAGCCAAGUAUUUCCUGCAGAAGAUGACGUCAACAAACACGUGGAAGACAACUGCUCUCUCAUGUACCUGAAUGAAGCCACACUUUUGAACAAUGUGAGAGUCCGGUACAGCAAAGACAAGAUUUACACUUUUGUCGCAAACAUCCUGAUUGCUGUGAAUCCGUACUAUGACAUCCCCAAGCUGUACUCCUCUGAAACCAUCAAAACGUACCGGGGCAGGUCGUUGGGCACCUUGCCACCCCAUGUAUAUGCAAUCGCGGACAAAGCCUAUCGUGACAUGAAGGUGUUGAAGAUGAGUCAGUCCAUCAUCGUAUCUGGAGAGUCUGGAGCUGGGAAAACUGAAAACACCAAAUUUAUUCUGCGGUACUUAACAACGUCGUACGGUACGGGUCAAGAUAUUGAUGAGAGAAUAGUUGAAGCCAAUCCCCUUCUCGAGGCAUUCGGAAAUGCCAAAACAGUCAGGAAUAACAACAGCAGUCGCUUUGGGAAGUUUGUCGAAAUUCACUUUAACGAGAAGAAUGCUGUGGUGGGUGGUUUUGUAUCCCACUACCUUCUUGAGAAGUCCCGGAUCUGCACGCAGAGUCCCGAAGAGCGAAAUUACCACAUCUUCUACCGGCUGUGUGCUGGGGCAAGUGAGGACAUCAGCCAGAAGCUCCACCUCAGCUCACCGGAUGCAUUCAGGUACCUGAACCGCGGCUGCACCCAGUACUUUGCCACCAAGGACACAGAGAAGCAGAUCCUCCAGAACCGCAAGAGCCCACAGCACCUCAAAGCAGGCCCACUGAAGGACCCCCUGCUGGAUGACCAGGGUGACUUCAACAGGAUGUGCGUGGCCAUGAAGAAGAUUGGCCUGGAUGACAUGGAGAAGUUGGAUCUGUUUCGGGUGGUGGCCGGCGUCCUACACCUGGGCAACAUCGACUUCGAGGAAGCAGGGAGCACCUCAGGAGGCUGUACCAUAAAGAGGACCUCUGGAAAGAUGCUGGAGUACUGUGCUGAACUCCUCGGUCUGGAUGAGGAUGACUUGCAAGUGAGCCUCACCACCAGGGUCAUGCUCACAACAGCAGGGGGCGCCAAAGGCACAGUGAUCAAAGUGCCGCUGAAGGUUGAACAAGCGAACAACGCUCGGGAUGCCCUGGCCAAGGCUGUCUACAGCCGCCUGUUUGACCAUGUGGUCAAGAGGGUCAACCAGUGCUUCCCAUUUGAGAGCUCCUCUACCUUCAUUGGGGUACUGGACAUUGCUGGGUUCGAGUACUUUGAGCACAACAGCUUUGAGCAGUUCUGCAUCAACUACUGCAACGAGAAGCUGCAGCAGUUUUUCAACGAGCGCAUCCUGAAAGAGGAACAAGAGCUGUACCAGAGGGAAGGCCUAGGAGUCAAUGAGGUUCACUACGUGGACAACCAGGAUUGCAUAGACCUGAUAGAGGCCAAAGUUGUGGGUAUUCUUGACAUCCUGGAUGAAGAGAACCGCCUGCCCCAACCCAGCGACCAGCACUUUACAGACACAGUGCACAGCAAGCACAAGGACCACUUCCGUCUCACGGUCCCCAGGAAGUCCAAGCUGGCGAUUCACAGAAAUGUUCGAGAUGAUGAGGGCUUUAUCAUAAGGCACUUUGCAGGAGCUGUGUGCUAUGAAACGAUGAAGUUUGUGGAGAAGAACAAUGAUGCCCUCCACCAGUCCUUGGAGUGUCUGGUGUGUGAGUCCAAGGACCGCUUUGUAAAGGAGCUCUUUGAGAACUCCAACAACUCCCGGGAUGCCAAGCAGAAAGCCGGCAAGCUGAGUUUCAUCAGCGUGGGCAACAAAUUCAAGACCCAGCUGAACAUACUGCUGGAGAAGCUCCGCAGCACGGGCUCCAGCUUUGUCCGCUGUGUGAAGCCCAACCUGAAGAUGGUGAGCCACCGGUUUGAAGGAGCCCAGAUUCUGUCCCAGCUGCAAUGCUCAGGAAUGGUGUCUGUGCUGGACCUGAUGCAGGGGGGGUUCCCAUCCCGAGCCCCUUUUCACGAGCUGUACAACAUGUACAAGCAGUACAUGCCUGCCAAGCUGACCCGCCUGGACCCGCGGCUCUUCUGCAAGGCUUUGUUCAAGGCUCUCGGACUGAACGAGAACGACUACAAGUUUGGACUCACCAAGGUGUUCUUCAGACCUGGAAAGUUUGCAGAGUUUGACCAGAUCAUGAAGUCUGACCCAGAGCACCUGGCUGAGCUGGUGAGGCGGGUCAACAAAUGGCUCAUCUGCAGUCGUUGGAAGAAGGUCCAGUGGUGUGCACUGUCAGUCAUAAAAUUGAAGAACAAGAUGCUUUAUCGUGCCACGGCAUGUAUUGUGAUGCAGAAGACUGUCCGCAUGUGGCUGUGCAGGAGAAAACACAAACCUCGAAUUGAUGGACUAGUGAAAGUCAGGACGCUGAAACAGAGGGUGGCCAAGUUCAAUGAGGUGGUUAGUGGCCUGAAGGAGGGCAAGCAGGAGAUGAGCAAGCAGAUUCAGGAGCUGGAUGGCUCAAUCGAUGCACUCAUGGCACAGAUCAAGGGCACGGUGAUGAGCCGCCUGGACAUUGACCACGGGUGUCAGGCGUUGGUCAAACGCUCAGAGGACUUGCUGGCAGCCAUGCAGAAGAAAAAGCAAGAGGAAGAAGAGCGGGAACGCCUGCGGCGCAUCCAGGAGGAAAUGGAGAGGGAGAGGAAGAGGCGCGAGGAGGAGGAGCGACGCCGCAAGCAGGAGGAAGAGGAACGUCGCUUGAAAGCAGAGAUGGAGCUGAAGCGGAAGCAGGAGGAAGAAGAGAGGAAAAAGCGAGAAGAGGAAGAGAGGAGACUGCAGGCAGAGAUGGAGCUGCAGCUGGAGGCAGAGCGGGAGGCAGAGGUGCAGAGGCAGGCGAUGCUGGAGCAGGAGCGACGAGACCGCGAGCUGGCCAUGAGAAUCGCCCAGAGCGAGGCUGAGCUCAUUGCUGAAGAAGCACAGGUGGAUGCUGGCCUGCGCAGUAACGGCACAUUGGGUGUUGCUUCAUUCCCAGAGGGAACAAUCAUUGUUGGACCUCAGACCCAGAAGAACUUGACCAUGGAGGAAAUGGCCAAGGAAAUGUCUGAACUGCUGGCUAGAGGGCCACAGGUCCAGGCAACCAAGGCAGCCAGUAGCACCAAGAAGUAUGAGCUGAGCAAGUGGAAAUAUGCUGAGCUGCGCGAUGCCAUUAACACCUCCUGCGACAUCGAGCUGCUGGCAGCCUGUCGUGAGGAGUUCCACCGUCGCCUGAAGGUCUACCACGCCUGGAAAGCAAGGAACAAGAAGCGCAAUGCAGAUGCUGAGCAGAGAGCCCCCAAGUCAGUCACAGACUAUGAUCUUGCUCCUUUUGUGAAAAAAGCAUCUCUACACAACCCAGCUCCACCCAUCCCAGCAAGGCAGCACGAGAUUGCCAUGAACCGGCAGCAGCGCUAUUUCCGCAUCCCCUUUGUCCGGCCAGGUGACCAGUACAAGGACCCGCAAAACAAGAAGAAGGGCUGGUGGUAUGCUCACUUUGAUGGGCCCUGGAUAGCCCGUCAGAUGGAGCUCCACCCAGACAAGCAACCCAUCCUGCUGGUGGCAGGGAAAGAUGACAUGGAGAUGUGCGAGUUGAGCCUGGAGGAGACGGGGCUGACGCGAAAGAGAGGUGCCGAGGUCCUGCCCCGGCAGUUUGAGGAAAUCUGGGAACGCUGCGGUGGGAUCCAGUACCUGCGCAACGCCAUCGAGAGCCGGCAGGCCCGCCCCACAUAUGCUACAGCCAUGCUGCAGAGCUUGCUGAAAUAAAGAAUCCCAGCCGCUGCCUCGCCCCACGCACUCCAGAUACUGCGCAGGUUGGGUGUGGGGUUGCGGGGUAUCUGAGGGAAGAGCUCACUCCUUUCAUCCACUGAGGGCAUUUAAGCAAACAGUUGUAUGACAAGGGCAUCCACAUUGAAAAGCGCACUGAUUUUAGUUAAUUUUCUCUCUCUCCACUUGUGUCUUUAUUUUGAUUUUCUGUUUACAUUAAUUCUAUGCUGAAAUUUCACUCAGCUAGACAGUGGGCAGUAACCCAACCCCCCCCCAAUCUGAUCAAGCUGCUUUAAUCUAGUUGCAAAUCUUAACUGUGAGGCCUUAACCCUUUCAGACUCUGACACAAGGUCAUUGCUAAAAGUAGCACCAGUCUUAAAGCUGCUCCUUCAGAAGAAUUGGCAAAAAAAAAUAAACUCAAGGUUUAGUAGGAUAUAUUGAUAUUGAAUAUGUUGAAAAUAGCUCAUUCUCUUUUGUUUUGUAAUGUAAAGAUUUUUUCAUACAAGGGUUUCUUCCUAAGUAACAAUUUUAACAAUGGGGAAAAACUAUUUUUGUCUUAUCAUAACUGCAGUUAAUGUUAUGCUAGCUGAGGUUUUUUUUUUUUUUUUUUUUUUUUGCGCCUCUCUCUCCUCUUUUCUACAAGACAAAACCAGCACUGGAAAAGAUUUAAAACUUUAAUUGAUCUGAAGUGAGGACAUGUGAAAAGAUUUGUUGUAUUACACUUGGCACUUAAUAUAUA